GGAUUUGAAUUUAUAUGUUAAUGUAAACCAAAUUCGAAUUCAUUUAAUCUCAAUUGGUACAAACUCCGCCCGUUAACCCGUUUUUUUUACUCCGAUGCCAGAUCCAAACGAUACCUAAAGGGUGAAUCCAGAAAGGAACUUGAAAGACGAGGAAGGUGGAGAGAGGUAAGUGAGAGGAGGAGAGGAGCAGAGAGAUGGUGAGCAUGACGGAGGAAGAGGAGGUGGGGAGGUUGGAGAGCCAGGUUGAUAAUGGCGGUGGAGGGGCUUGGGAGUACCUUUGUCUGGUUCGCAAGCUCAAGCUUCGCCGCUCUGAGAAGGUCUUAAAGCACGGCUUGUCGAUCUUGAACGACCCCAAAAAGCUAUCUAGUCUUGCGGCUGAUGAAUGGACCCUCUAUGAGCAAGUAGCGAUUGCAGCAAUGGACUGCCAAUGUCUUGAUGUUGCUAAGGACUGUAUAAAAGUUCUACAAAAGAGAUUUCCAGAGAGCAAAAGAGUUGGGAGGUUGGAAGGGAUGUUGCUUGAAGCAAAGGGCUCCUGGGAGGAGGCAGAAAAAGCAUACUCAAGCCUUCUAGAGGAUAAUCUUUUUGAUCAAGUAGUACAUAAAAGGAGGGUUGCAAUGGCUAAAGCGCAAGGCAAUAUUUCAGGGGCCAUUGAGUGGCUCAAUAAAUAUCUUGAAAUAUUUAUGGCAGAUCAUGAUGCCUGGAGAGAACUAGCUGAAAUAUAUGUCUCCUUGCAAAUGUACAAGCAAGCUGCUUUCUGCUACGAGGAGCUUAUACUAUCCCAACCCACAAUUCCACUAUAUCAUCUUGCGUAUGCUGAUGUACUGUAUACAAUUGGUGGACUAGAGAACCUGCAGACUGCUAAGAAAUACUAUGCAUCCACCGUAGACUUGACUGGAGGGAAGAACACAAGAGCUCUUUUCGGUAUUUGCUUGUGUACCGCUGCCAUUGGGCAGCUGUCAAAAGGGCGUAACAAGGAAGACAAGGAGAGCUCAGAGCUGCAAUCUUUGGCAGUUGCGGCUUUGGAGAAGGAUUACAAGCAGAGGAGUCCUGGGAAUCUCACUCUGCUUAGUUCGGCUUUAAAAGGCUUGAAACUACUUUGAUCAUAACUUCGCUGAUUGAAGCUCCUUAUUUUUGUAUCGCUCCCCCAGUUCAAAACUGAAAAAAGGUCACUGGCAUUCUCGUAAUUUAGUGCACAUACAGGGCUGGAAUUUUAAAUAUUCUAGAUUUUAUUGUCUUUUAAUUUAUUUCUUAUAUUUUCUUUUACGAGGCUGUCAUGCAUUUUUCUUAGGGUUGUUAAAUGUUCCCCAUUCACCAUUAGAAACAUUAAAAACAGUUUGUGUACAUUUUGCUUUAUGAAAUAUUAGUCCUUGUUUUACAACA